AUGGCGCUUGAAUACAUGAUAAUACUCAGAAGCAACUACUGGACCUACAGACAGGAAAAUGUACACAAAAACAAGGGACACUCGACCAGAAAACAACGAGGUCAUAGAAAUGAUCAAAACGUUAGAAAAACGACUCCUCUUACAUCAACAGAAGAAGAGAUCUUCGUAUCCAGACCAGCCAAGAACCACACUACGAUCGCCACCCAAUGCGGAAUCGAGAUAACUCAGAGCAUAAACAACGCCGAUGUCUUGAAUAAAGUUGACGUUUUCAACGAGCUGCUUCCGCAAAUUUCCUCGGUCAUAGAGCAGAGCGAGAAAAACAUUCAGAAGGCGUUCCAGCAAGUAUUGAAACCGUCGAGAGUUGUGCAGGAAAGGGGAGUCAGCCCCAUCAAAGAUUUUGUUGGAACGUCACCUCAUCCUUUCCCUAAAACGCCACCGAAUUCCCCACCCAAACAUCGCCAUCCUCAAAAACCACCUCAUGUAUCGGAAAAUGUGACAGAUUCCACACCAACGCCAAAUACUUCCAACAGCCCUCCAAUUGGCGACCUACUGAUCAACAUUCAAAAUAUAAAAGAUAGUCGAUGUCUGCUCGAUGGUUUCCAACAUGAACUUACGCAGUUAAGGAAAGAUAUAGAGAAAUGUCGCAAAUGCAACGAGGAGAAUGGCAAAGAUUUGGUGGAUAAUUAUUGCGAGAAACAUGUUGUCUACAUCCCUCUUCUCAGAGUGGGGGAGGUGGGAUCAAAGAGUGAUCAGAUAAAUCUGUUCAGCGUCCUCAGAACUGAAGCUUACAUAAAAAAAGAACUGGAGAAUCAGAUACAGCACAUAUCUAAACUGGAAAGAAAACUGGCCAGGGCCAAGAAGGGACACGAUUCCCUGAAGAGUAAGACCAUCGAGAACGAAUUAGAUUUGGCAAAAUCCUACUUCAAUAAUCUCCUGGUGAAGCAGCAGAACGAGAGGCUGCUCAAUGAACAACAGAAAAUAAUGAAAGACAAGACUGAGCACGUAUGCGACACCAUCGAAAACUGCGAGAAGUGCUGUUUGAAGGGUCAAAUUCACGAUUUGCUGAAAAAGGUGAGGGAGAAUAUCGCCAAGGACAUCGAGGAUUCGAAACAGCGACUUAAAGUUCAAAAGAUGCCGAAUAUCGACAUAAGAAAACCUCUCCAACUGCAGAAUAUACUCAGCCUGGACAUUCCACCGUCUGACCCUCCUCAAGUAUCCACCAGAAGUAACUUCGUCUACGAAUCCGUCGUGAAAGAUCCGGAACUAAGGGAUCCACCCCAAACCCACGCUGUCCAAACCAAAAUUAUGGUCAACCAGAGUACCAGCGUGGAAGCCUCUCACGCGGUCAACAAAAAGACCGGCAAAAAACCCAAAGAAUCUCGGCAAAAAGAUGUUUCGCCUUCGGAGAUGCAAGACUACCACGAGGAAAAACCCGAAAGUCUUUCGGGUUUUUUCGAAUCUGAACCCGCCGAAUAUCCGCCGAGGACGUCUGAAGGACGGGGGAUGAAGAUGGACAAAACGCCCUCCCAAUUGGGGUUCAGACGCAACGCUUGGACUCAGUGCGAUUCCAAAACCAGCCUUUUCGAAAUAAUGUCCAGCGACCAUUGGCCGAACACUAAACCAUCGGCCAUUACACAAACUGUGGCCAGUCGGGAUAACAGUUACUACUUGUUCGGCUUCAAGGAGUAUCUGAUGAAAAGGGAUGGUCAUGUGACUCGAUUACCCAAUGCGGUCGACGUCAAUUUACAAGUGAGCUUGGAUGAGAGCAGCCAGAGCGUCAUUGAGUAUAGGUCAAUUGGCGUCAAUACAGACCCCAGCCAGGCAAGGUUAUCCAAGAAUAAAAGCUGUGAAUUCCAAGGAGUUACUGUAGUCAUGUGCCCAGAAAUCGUGGAUGAAACAGCGACCGAAAAAACAGAAGUAUCUGAAGACGUCCAAGAAACCCCAAGUGACGUACCAGUUGUGGUGGAAACAAAUACUAGCGCGUCAGAAUCCAGUCUGAAGAAGAAAUCGAGGAGUGUACAGAGGACCCCGUCUCUGAAGAAAAUGUUCCUCCCUUCCAGCAAGGUCGAUGUGAACCAGCAAGCGGAGUUGGAGCAAGCGAUGCAGAACCCUUACGUGGAACCGAAGUACAGGAUGAAACGGUUCUCGUUGAAUAAACAGGAAUCCGACAUCGAGGUGAAACAGCAAGGCGGUGACGUUUUCUAUAAAUCCCUGACGGAGAAAGAGGAACUUCCGGACAGGAGAGCUGCAGCCUCAGUUGAGAAUCAACCGACCGAGGCAAAACUCUCCGGGGAGAUGCGGACUCCUUCGUAUCUGGAUAACUUGAAACUUGUGGAGGAUAAAGACAGUGAAAACGAGGAUCACGAUCAAGACACGGAAGAGUUCGUUGAUGAGCAGGAAGGUAAAAAAGCCCCAAAUGCUGGGAGUUUCAUCGACCAUCUCGAUGAUCUCGUACCGAAAACUACAAUAGAAAACCUUUACGAGUAUAUGGAAGACGUUGAGAUAUCAGAGAAAAGCUACGAAGAAAACAAACAGACAAGUACUGAUAAAGAAGAAGACCUCAAAGAGCAAAGUGAAGUGGAAGAAUCGAAAAGAACAUAUCCUAGAGGCAAUUUUGAUGAAGAAGAAGGGAAACGAGAAGACGAAAACUUGAAUCCUAUAAAAACAGAACAAGAAGAGGAAAAUGAUUCGAUUCCAAACGAGAAGAACGAUGUUGAACAUCAAACAAAUGCAGAAGAAGCACCAAUAGUUGGGAGACAGUUUGCCAUUGAUCCCCAAUUCUUAGGAGAAGAAGAGGAAGAAGAAGAAGAAGAAGAGGUUGAUGAGAUACCGAAAAACACAGUACUCUCCCUUUUUACACCAACAUAUAAACUAGUACUGAACAAGAGUAAACACAAGCACAAGUCAUCGGAUAAAAGCAUAUUACUGAGGAUUCCUCUUCUGGACAGUACCAAAUCAUUAAAACAAAUAGACUUCCCUCAACACAAAGCAGAGGAGAAGUAUUUGACCAUUCAAGAAAAACCUGAAUCCUUUAACAGAAUAGCAGAGCUAUUCAAUAACGAUAAAUUCAUGAGUUCCAGCUCUACCCAUACCAAAAGAGAUACCACCAACAUCACCAAUUACAUCUUGCACAAACCCACUCCUGAUGAUGGCAAUUUAUGUAAAUUCCGUUCAGGGCUUCCGAAAGUAGCACAAGAAAGAUUGGAUUAUUUGAAAAAAUGUUCGAAAGUCGAUAAGUCUUUGGACUCUUCCAGCAUGGCAUCAUCUGAAGGGGAGAUAAAAUGCCGUUGCAAGAACGUCAGCGAUGGAGAACUUCACAGUUGUCCACUUGGGAGGUACAAUUUGAAGGAUCCUCCAUCUGGUAUCCAUUAUAAAGAACAUCUCAGUUCUCACCUGGUCUUAGAGAAGCAGAGGAAGCAUUACCAGCAUUGGGUGACUUAUUAUGCCACUAAAAAGAGUAAAAAUGAAUCGAGCUCUAGUUCUGUAGAAAGUGACGCUGUGAAUAAUAAUUAAUUUUCGAUAUA